ACUUGUUGCUGGUCGCAACAGCUGCUUCGCCAGAAACCAGAAGGCGAAAAAGAAGUUAGCGAUGUGACAUGUACGUCAACUAACGUGUAUUAGGUUUAAAAGUUGUGUUUGUGCGUGUGUGUCCGCCGCUUGUCUAUGGUGUUUCUUGUAAACUGUGCUGCAGUCUUUUAAAAGGAGCACCAUGGCAAUGUGGAUCCAGGCCCAGCAACUGCAGGGUGAGGCAUUGCACCAGAUGCAGGCAUUGUACGGCCAGCACUUUCCCAUUGAGGUGCGACACUACCUGGCCCAGUGGAUUGAGAGCCAGCUCUGGGAUUCAGUGGAAUUGGACAAUCCAGCUGAGGAGACCAAAGCUAAGCGUCUGUUGGACAACCUGGUGGCAGAGCUGCAAAGGAAAGCCCAGAUUCAGGGAGGAGAGGAUGGCUUUCUACUUAAGAUCAAGCUGGGUCACCACGCCAACCAGCUGAAGAGCACUUACGACCGCUGUCCUUUCGAGCUGGUGCGCUGCAUAAAACACAUCCUGCAGUCAGAGCAGAGGCUCGUUCAAGAAGCUACAAAUGCCAGCUGUGGGAGUGGGGGUCAGGCCAUGGACAGUCUGUCACAGCGCCACCAGCAGAUCAACCAGGCUUUUGAGGAGCUUCGUCUGGCCACACAGGAAACUGAGAAUGAAUUGAGAAAGCUACAGCACAGUCAAGAGUACUUCAUCAUCCAGUACCAGGAAAACCUGCGCAUCCAGGCUCAAUUGAGCAGCCUGUCGUCACUACCUCCAGCUGAGCGCUCCCAGCGGGAGACCACCCUACAGAGCAAAAGAGCCACUGUGGAUGCAUGGCUCACCAGAGAGGCCAGCACAUUACAGAAAUACAGGCUUGACCUGUCAGAACAACACCAGAAGACCCUGGCCCUGCUGAGGAAGCAGCAGACUCUGAUCCUCGAUGAGGAGCUCAUCCAGUGGAAGAGGAGGCAGCAGGUGGCUGGCAACGGGGGUCCUCAUGAGGGGGGACUGGAUGUCCUCCAGUCGUGGUGUGAGAAGCUGGCGGACCUCAUCUGGCAGAACAGACAGCAGAUCCGGCGCUGCGAACAUCUAACCCAGCAGCUCCCUCUGCCAGGCCCCAUGGAGGAGCUCCUGAGCAAACUCAAUGCUGACAUCACUGAUAUAAUCUCUGCCUUGGUUACUAGUACCUUCAUCAUUGAAAAACAGCCACCCCAGGUGUUAAAGACCCAGACCAAGUUUGCAGCCACAGUACGUCUUUUGGUGGGUGGGAAGCUCAACGUCCACAUGAAUCCCCCUCAGGUCAAGGCUGUGAUUGUUAGUGAGCAGCAAGCCAAAGCCCUGCUGAAGAAUGAGAGCACGCACAGUGAAAGCAGUGGAGAAAUCCUCAACAACAACUGUGUAAUGGAGUAUCAUCAGGCCACUGGCACCCUCAGUGCACACUUCAGAAACAUGUCAUUGAAGCGGAUCAAGCGUUCAGACCGUCGAGGUGCAGAGUCAGUGACGGAGGAGAAGUUCACAGUUCUGUUUGAAUCACAGUUCAGCGUAGGGGGCAACGAGCUGGUCUUCCAUGUCAAAACCUUAUCGCUGCCUGUGGUAGUGAUUGUCCAUGGCAGUCAGGAUAACAACGCCACGGCAACAGUCUUGUGGGACAACGCGUUUGCUGAGCCGGGCAGAGUGCCCUUUAUUGUGCCAGACAAGGUGCUGUGGCCCCAGCUGUGUGAGGCCCUUGAUAUGAAGUACAAGGCAGAGAUGCACAGCAGCCGUGGCCUGUCAGAGGAUAACCUGGUCUUCCUGGCACAGAAGGCUUUUACAAGCAGCAGCAACAACCCUGAGGACUACCGCAGCAUGACCAUAUCCUGGGCCCAGUUCAACCGGGAGAGCUUACCUGGACGCAGCUUCACCUUCUGGCAGUGGUUUGAUGGCGUUGUAGAGCUCAUGAAGAAACAUCUAAAGCCUCACUGGAAUGAUGGGGCAAUUUUGGGCUUUGUAAACAAGCAGCAGGCACAGGAUAUGCUGCUAUCCAAACCCAACGGCACCUUCCUGCUGCGGUUCAGUGACUCAGAGAUCGGAGGCAUCACCAUUGCCUGGGUGGCUGAGAACCCCAACAAACCAGGUGAGAGGCUGGUCUGGAAUCUGUUACCUUAUACAACUAAGGACUUCUCCAUUCGCUCCCUGGCUGACCGCAUCAGUGACCUGAACCACCUUCUGUUUCUCUACCCUGACCGUCCCAAAGACGAAGUCUUUGCCAAGUACUACACCCCUCCACUCUCAAAAGCAGUAGAUGGAUAUGUGAAACCACAGAUCAAACAAGUUGUGCCAGAAUUCACCACCCAGAACCCUGAAUCCAGUGGAGGAACUCCCUCUUUCAUGGAUCAGACAGCCUCUCCCUCCGUGAGCCACCCCAACAACUUUGGUGUCUACCCUUCCAUGAGUGACACCAUGUUAGAUGCAGAUGGAGACUUUGACCUGGAUGACACCAUGGAUGUGGCUCGUCAUGUGGAGGAGUUGCUCCGCAGGCCCAUGGCCAACCAGUGGAGCAGUCAGCAGUCCUGAACCUAAAACCUGAACCUGCUGUACAUAUUCAGGUCUUCUCCCUCUUAUCUAACAGAAGCACCUGUACCUUUUAAUUUUUACUAGACUGAAACCACAGGAAGAAGUCUCUUUUACUUAUCAGUCACAAUGGAAGACACAUCACAAUCCACUGUUCAUCUCACAUGGGAGUUUUGGAAGAUGAGUAAUAUUGUCUGUAGAGAAAGUAAGCUCACGAUCAAAAGUCAGUAGCGUAUGGCAGAGCCUGUGGUUAAUGUCCUCUGUCGCUUACCAUAUUUUCUUGUGUGGAACUGAUUUGACAAAAUGGGAUUUUUUUAUACAAAAUGAGACAUGCACUUAUUUUUUAUGUAAGCUUCAUUCAUGUGUGCCUAGUGGGCUUUCAUUUAGCACUGGGGAAACUUUUGCUUUAACAUUCACAGUAUACAAGCUAGCUUCACUUAAAAUUCUUCUAAACUUUUUCUGUUCCAUCUACACAGUUAACAUUAAUCCUAAAUGUUACCAAAUGCUGACAAAGUGAUUCUGCUCUAUCAAAGGCAAUACUGGUCAAUAAAUGUUAGUAUCUUGUAAAUCCAAAAAAA